AUGACGCAUGCCACCCAUUUUCACAAAAGCACGUGCUUGUAUCGCCUUCCGCAGGAGUACUCGGGGCCCCGUCGUCCGCCGCCCGGGUCCGCCUGUGACAGGUGCCGGCAUUCGGACGCCGUUGUUUUCGGCGAUUGGGAACCGCAGGAGCUUGCAUCGGUCCUAAGUGUAUCUGAGUGUGCAUGUGCAGCUGAUGUUUCUGCCAUCGUCCACUUCGUUGACAAUAAAGAGUCGGCGAAUCGGCGCGAUCUCGCAGGCUCUGAAGUAGCACGAAGCAGCGAUAGCUAUGACUUCAGUCCGCAACAUUCCAUUUCCUAUCAGGAGUGGAUUGCACGACGGCUGCCCGUCAAGCUGCCUCCCGGCUUGCCCCGGCCGCCGCGCCAACAGUCGGCCCCAGCAUCGCUAUGCGCAGUCACAGAUGACGACCUGGACGAUGACUGUGACGAUUGGUACAAUCGCAACGUCACAAAUGGAAAUUUUCCUGACUGGCUUCAUGAGGAGCAACAGCAGCUGGCGUCGCCCGCGACUACCUCGGUGCAGCAGCUGUUCCCAUCCCCUGCCGGCAGCGGAUGCAGCGACGAUGACCUCGACGCGGACUGCGAGGAGUGGUUCAACCGAAAUGUAGCGGCAGGGAACUUUUCCUCCUGGAUAGAUACACCCAAGGAGCCUUCCGCAAUGGAGCCUUCCGCAACCCCAGACGAACCUUCGCAGCAAGAAUCCGCCAGUUGCCAGCAGGAGGCCUCUGCAGCGGCCAAGCCAGCAGCAGCAUUCUCAUCGCCAGCAGUGGCGACAGUAGCAGCAUCAGCUGGAUUUUCCUCUGUUGGCGGCGGCGAGGAGUCGGUACCAGCGUUACCCUCCGGCUCAGCGCCAUCGCCAUACGCUUCAAGUCGUAUACCCAACCUUUACGACCUCAGCAUUAGCAACAUCGAUAGCUGCAGCAACGAAGUUGACAUUAGCAGCAGGUGCGGCCAUGUCUCAGUCUACAGCGCGCAGUGCGCCGUUGGGGCGGUCGCCGCCGGGGCAGUCCCGGACUUGACUUCCGCCGCCCUGCUUCUUAGCGCCAUCGUCACAGGCGCCUGCUGUAGCCGCAACGGCGGCGGCUCCGAAGCCGACCCUGAAAUCGACGAUGGCUGCAGUACGAGCGCCGGUUGUUUCAGCAUACCGUCCAGUCCCAGGGAAUCCGACUCGGAUUGCCGUACGGUGACGUCCUCGGAUGGCGGCUACAGCCACGGCAACAGCCGCAGCUCUAGCUGUCUCAGCUUGGGUUCCAUGGAUCCGUCGACCAGCAGCUGUAGCAGUCCAAGUAGUGAGGCUGGGGAAGUCGAGGACGGUGGUGGAGUGUAUCGGGACGUCUACGGCAUCAAGGAUGCGGAGGAAAAGCUGGUGCAGCGGGAGGAGAGGGGGAACUCGCAGGUUCUGGAAGGUUCGGGCGCAGACUUACAAGACUGCGAUGGCGGAGGUUGCCCCGUUAUUACCUGCAUAGUCGCAUGUCCUGUGCGCCCACCGCCGCUGACGUUGCCAUUGUUAUCGAUUCCGUCCUUUUCAUCACCGUCACCGCCAGCAUCAUUGCGUGUCACCGAGGCCGGGGACUUGGGCCCGCAUGGCUGCGUUUCGGACCAUUUGAAAGACAGUACGGACGAAGCCGUACUGGUACGCUCCCUUGACUGUGCGUCCUGGGAGUUGCAGUUCGAGGCGCAACUGAGGCUGUCAUCUGUUGUCGUGGCCCCGCCAGCCGCUGCCGGUGGCGGCGACAGCGGCGGCGGCAGCUGCCUGGACCAAGCCCGGGUACUACUGCAGGAGCGCGAGCUUGACCUAGGCUCUGCGGCUGGGGGCUGCGGUGAUCGGCGGACGAGCUUCUGGGGGCAUGGGGAAGGCGAUGGAGAGGAAGAGGAAGAGGCAGCGGUGUUGAGGCGUAAGUGGAUGGAGCUGCAGCUUGACCACCUGUUGGGUGCAGUGGUGGUGGGGACGCUCUUUGGUGCUGGCAGCGAGGGGGGCGAGGAGGUGGAGGGUGCAGAGGACAGGUUGGGAUGGGGUGAUCGCUCGCGUAGCGGUUGA